AUGUGUCUUUCACAAAGCCUCCUGAACGAGCUCGCGUCCGAUUCGGAUCCUCCCUCUCCCCAAGUGGAGAGCCAUCCUGUAAAUGAAGAUUCGAUUACAGAGGAACUCGAAAAUGGGAGCUCGAUCCCCAACCUUUCAUCAAGGGCAGAGAUAUCCGAGGCCGUUUCUUCAAGUAACGAUGCCAGGCCACCACAGAACAAGCUCACCUCACUUGCCCAUCUCCCAAGCGAGAUCAUCAUGAUGAUUGGCGGGUUCCUGCGGCCCAGGGACCUGCAGAAGUUUCUCCUAUGCUGCAUACGUUUCAGCCAGAUCCUGGGCCGCGACCUGAACAUGCUUGCCUGCAAGGACAAGAAACUCUCCACAAAGGCCCUCUUCUACGCCGCUGCCCACAGGAACUAUGACCUCGUCAAGAUCCUGCUCGAAAGGGGUACGGGAAUCACCGUGAUGGAAUACGCACGUGAGGUCACUGCUAUCCGCGGGGUUGGCAAGUGGAGAUAUGAAAUCAUCCACGAAACACCCGACGACUGCUACGAGGAGCUCUUCGACUUUGUGCUUUCCGAAGGCAAAAACUUGGUCCUCAUGUGGAACAAGAAGGCAUACACUGCACUCCACUGGGCCAUCAAGACGGAGGAUAAACUGCUGACCUCGCUACUGCUCACCAAGGGCGCUAGCACCCUCUUCAGGACCGACUACCGCGAAGGUACUGGCCCGCUGCAUAUCGCGGCCUGCAAAUACGGGUUUAACAUGACCUAUUUCCUGCUCUCCAAGGGGUUUCCAGUCGAUCAGCAUGAUGCGGAGAAUCACACGGCACUCCAGGCGGUUUUGAGACACCAGAAGGAUAACGUUUCUUGCAAGUCGAUAGUUAUGCUGCUGCUGGAAAAGGGGGCGUCGGUCACGGUUAGGAAUAAGUGGUUGAUGACCCCGCUCCACCACAUUGUGAGCUUUGAGAACUGGGCUUCUCUGAUUCCUGUUAUUGUGGCGUUGGGAGCGGACGUUAAUGCGAGAAAUCGUUGGGGAGCUACUCCGUUGCAUAUCGCGGCGAAGUUGGGGAACGUGCAGGUUGUCAAUGAGCUAUUAGUGGCGGGUGCGGAUGUCAACAUUGUCAACGACCAGGAGAGAACAGCGUGGGGGCUCGCUAUGGCCUACCGUAGGAGUGAUGUGGCCUGUAUCCUGAGCAUGAUCGGUGGCUCGGUGGAGGAUUAA